AUGCAGCCAUUGCCACUAAAUGAUCCAGGAUCAGAGAGGGCAAUCGCAUCAUCCCCCAGCCGUUUCAAGAAAGGAGAGCUUAAUGAGCUUGAAAAUUUGUGGACAGCCUUAUCAGAUGAAACAGCAAAAAACUCACGCGAACUCACAUUGUUUUUUGACGUGUACAAUGAAUAG